CCCAACCCCGCUGCGGGAAAGCGCGGAACGCCUUGAGUCUGGCGCCUUAGACCACUCGGCCAUCCUGACACUGCGACUGCUGCUGCGUUCGGGACAGAGUUAGCGCUGUCGCCACUGCUGAGCCCGCUUCUCUGUGCCCCUGGCCCAUCACGGCGAGCCCGUCUGUGCCCGGGAGGUGCCGGAGAGCAGCCAGGGACCGGCUGGCUUGUCCCGGCCCGGCCGCGGAGCUCCGCCGCAGCGAGGAGGAGCCCGGCAUUACCCACAGGCCCCUGCCCCGCCGCCACUUCCGCCGCGACCAUUUUGUUCUUCAGCGGCGUCAAGGGUACGCGCUCGGCUCUCAUCAUGUUCCCGGUGGCCAGGGCCGCGCAGAGUCUCGCCGCUCGCGGCAUCCAGCACACUGCAGUCAGACACGCUCAUCGCAAGCACCAGCCAACCUUCCACGACAAAUACGGAGCCAUGGUCCUCCUUGGUGGAGCCACCAUGUUCACUGCUGUCUGGGGCUAUGUGUUCACACAGCUUAAAAUUGAGUGGGGCUUUUCACCUGUUGGCAGAAUUACUCCAAGUGAAUGGAGGGAGUAACAGCCUCUGCUUCUAAUGAACUGGUCUAAACUUUCACUGAGAAAAUGGUCAUGUAAUGGCAUUUAUUCCCUGAUUACCACUUGGACAGUGGCAUUCCUGGUCUAAUAAACAUACCUAGAAACUUG